AUGCGCCUUUCGAUACUCAUCCUCAGCUGUUCGUUCAUACUAGUCAGCUCAUGUCCGCAGUCAGUGAUGAAUUUGUGCAAGUGCGAGGACUUGCACAACGGCGUAUCACUCGACUGUUCACAUUCGAAUGGAGCCGAAGCUGUACAGCUACUACGAGACAAUCAAGCACUACUUGGUCUUAUACAAAGCCUAACUAUGCAUUACGCUAAUUUACGUUCUAUUCCACCUAGAUUUCUAGCUGGUCUUUAUAUUAAACGACUAGAUCUCUCCUACAAUCAGAUGGUAGAAGUUCAUCCAGAAGCAUUCUCUGGAAUGAGUCCUGUUGUGCAAGAACUAAUUCUUACUCACAACAACUUAACGAAGAUACCAGUCAAUGCUAUGGCAACUCUCAGCACAAUUCUUCGCGUGGAUCUUUCAAAUAACUCAAUAGCUAACAUCUCAGAUCGCGACACAAUCCCCUCUCUACCGAAGUUAUACGACAUAAAUCUUGGUACGAAUAAGAUCUACUCUAUUCAUUCCGCAGCAUUUCGAAAUGUCAGGGAUUCUAUCCAAAUAAUAAACCUUGGACAUAACUGCCUUAACUCAGUCCCUUCGUCAUCAAUACGAGGACUUAAACAACUACAAGCUUUACAUAUGCAGAAGAACAACAUAACAGCCUUGGAAGCUCUCAAUUUUCUCAACCUUCCCGUGUUGAAUCUACUUAAUCUGGCUGGCAAUAAGAUCUCGGACGUCAACAGACAGGCGUUCUUGAAUGUACCACAACUUAAGUACCUGUACUUGACAAAUAAUAGGAUCUCAAAGCUUACUCCUCAUCAGUUCGUUUCAUUUGAUCAAAUCGAAAUGAUCGAUCUGACAGGAAACGAAAUUACUGAUAUACCCAGCGAAUGUAUGUCACAGUUGCCUCAGCUCAGACAAUUAUUCCUUGGUGGGAAUAGGAUCAAAACGAUUGGCAGAAAUGCUUUUGCCAACAGUUCUAUUGUUAUUCUAAGUCUGGUCAACAAUCAGCUAAAAGAAAUUACUGAGGGAAUGCUGGAUGGAAUGCCAAAUUUACAAAGUGUCGUCUUCAAAAAUAACAAGAUCAGCUCCAUACACCACAAUGCAUUUUACGACGCACCAUCUAUGGUGAUGAUUGACUUAAGUGAUAACGAAUUAUUCGACCUGCUUCCGUCAACAUUCCUCGCUCAGCUCAAUCUGCAAAUGAUCGACUUACGUAACAACAAAAUCAUCCGAACACCGUAUGCAGCGUUUAAUCGCCGAAUUGGUACAGUAUUUCUACAAGAAAACCCUCUGGUAUGCACGGAAAAGAUUCAUAUGCUCCAGGAUGGAGUCGCAGUAUUUAUUGCAACCAGUGAGGAUUUGAUUUGUGGUGGAAAGACAACGACAACAUCAACAACAGCAGCACCUUUCAUGAUGCACAAAUUGUCACCACGUCGGCCGAGUGCAAAUGAAAUACGGAAACCUUCGGGAGCAUUCCAGCAUGCUGGCUUAAUCCAAGAACAAGAAGAUGAAGAAGAACCAGUUCCUAUCCGUCCAAUUUCUUCAAAUGAAUCCCCAACCCAGUUCAAACCGAAGGAAAUUCACAGGAGUGGUGGACUUCAUCAAUCGGAUAUUUCGCGUAUUACGCUUCCUAAGGAACUUGACCACGAUUUUAAGGAAAAACUAGGAAGUACUGAAAUUGAAGAGCUUGCUACAACUGAGAAUAAUGAAUCUGAUUUGAAACAGGCUACAGCGGAACAGAACACAUCGGUAGAGGCAACUACAUUAGGUCGAAGGGUGUACACAGAUAUUGCGGACAACCCCAACCUUAUCCAUCCCUUCCCAGUGCCGUUUCUUAAAAAACCGGUCACUGUUCAUAAGGCUGCACGAGUAAACCCAUCAACACAAACUAAUGUUCCAUCGACUGAAGUGCAUACUUUGCCACCAUCAAUAGUGAUAGCAGCUAGAAGGCCGAGUUCCACGGAAACCGAACAAAAUGUUGUUGACGAUGGUGAACGUUUCGAACAAUUCGCUUUACGUUCUCACACUACUGUUCAAAGCAAGCAGGAUGUUUCGGAAGCGCCACUUCCAACAAGUACUCGGCUCGCUUCUCCAACUUUUAUAAUCGUUGUGUGCUUGACUGUGGUUGCAGUUGUGAUGGUUUCUGUCGUAGUUGGACUGUGUACAGUACGCUACAGACAAAUAGGACGAUUCACUUCUACAUAUUCCGAAAGUAGCGCGGCACGCACAAAUGCGUAUGUCUCAGCUCAAGCGGCUCAAAUGAAUGUCAUUUAUGGUACAAUGGAACGCGAUCGCAAUAUGUGCCUGUCAAGGCCAGACGAUGUUCAACCUUGGCUCUAUAAUCCUGGACAUAAUUACUGUAAUUAUUACAAAUGA